AUGGGAAUUCAAGGGUUCCUGCAGAAACUCUCAGGACUGCUGCUGCUGCUGCUGCUGCUGUGUGGCCUGCCCUGGGCUGAAGGUGGAAAGGUGCUGGUGUUUCCCAUGGAGGGCAGCCACUGGCUGAGCAUGAGGGAUGUCGUGAGGGAGCUCCACGCCCGAGGUCACCAGGCUGUGGUCCUGGCUCCAGAGGUGACUCUGCACAUCAAAGAAGAGGACUUCUUCACCCUCCAAACCUACCCUGUUCCAUACACCAAGGAAGAAUACAGGCACCAUUUGCUGGGCCACCUUCAAAAUUUUUUUGAAACUGAAUUUUCUCUGAAGUUAGUUUUACAGAGAAUGGUAGCUGUAAAUAAUGUAUCAACGUUCUAUGUGAGAUCUUGCAUGGGCCUGCUGCAUAACACAGCUCUGAUCCAGCACCUGAACUCCAGCUCCUUCGAUGUGGUUUUAACAGAUCCCUUUUUCCCCUGUGGGGCAGUGCUGGCCAUGUACCUGCGUGUUCCUGCUGUGUUUUUUCUGCAAUCCAUGCUCUGUGAACUGGAAUUUGAAGCAACGAACAGUCCAAACCCUUCUUCUUAUAUCCCCAGGUUACUAACAAUGAAUUCUGACCACAUGAGCUUCCUAGACAGAGUGAAGAAUAUGCUUUAUCCUGUGCCAUGGAUGUAUUUAUGCCAUGUUAAUUAUGGCUCUCUGGCGAGACUCGCAUCUGACCUUUUGCAGAGGGAGGUGUCCGUGGUAGAGAUCCUCAGACAUGCCUCUGUAUGGCUGUUGAGAAAGGACUUUGUGUUCCACUACCCCAGGCCCUUCAUGCCCAACAUGGUCUUCAUUGGGGGCAUAAACUGUGCCAACAGGAAGCCACUGUCUCAGGCUGCCCGCCUUGGAACAAGCCACAUUUCAAGUACCCUGGGGUCAUGUGAUUGUUCCAUGGUCACUGCCUGUGAGCCCACUUCCGGCCCUCACAUCGAGGGAAACCACCAACGUUGCCUUAGUUCGAUUUUCACCAGCACAGGUACACGGGAGCUGCACAGCGAGUCUGGGAAGCAACGCCUGCCUCUUCUACUAGAGGUAGUGCUGGGAGUGUCUGUCCGUAUUCAGGCUGGCAGCAGCGCCUAA